AUGAAUCUCCGGCAAUCCAUCCUGACCCAGCAAUGGGGUCGAUGCCUUCCCUUUCGUCGGCGAGGAGGUACCGCGAUCCGCACUGCAUCGACUACACCGAGGAGGCUAGAUCUGGUAGCAGUGGACAAGAAGUGGAAAGAAAAAUGGCGGAAUGAUCCUUCAUCGGAAUUGGUUAAUAACCAUGGCAAGGAAAAGGCAUACGUUCUCUCCAUGUUUCCUUAUCCAUCCGGCGCAUUGCAUUUGGGCCAUGUGCGGGUUUACACCAUAUCCGACGUAUUGUCACGGUUCAAGCAUAUGAAGGGAUACGAUGUGCUACAUCCGAUGGGGUGGGAUGCAUUUGGGCUUCCAGCGGAGAAUGCGGCAAUUGAGCGGGGAAUUGAUCCGGCGAAGUGGACCAUGCAGAAUAUCGCUAAUAUGAAGGAACAGCUGAGGGCGAUUGGGGCACGAUUUGAUUGGGAUAGGGAACUGAUGACGUGCUCGCCUGAAUUUUAUAAACAUACGCAACGUAUAUUCCUGAUGUUAUACCAAGAGGGACUGGCGUAUCAGGCAAAAGCUAGAGUCAAUUACGAUCCGAUUGACAAAACAGUUCUAGCAAACGAGCAGGUUGACGCGAAUGGGUGCUCAUGGCGAUCCGGAGCGAAAGUGGAAAAGCUCGAGCUCAAGCAAUGGUUUUUCCGCAUCACAGCUUUCAAGGAAGCAUUACUGAAAGAUCUCGAGUCUCUGGAGGCUGGCUGGCCUGAGCGCGUUUUGUCGAUGCAGAGGCAUUGGCUAGGAAAAUCCUCAGGGGCGCACAUAAAAUUUCUAGUUUCUGCCCCCGAUGACAAUUACGACAUUCAGGUAUUCACAACUCGACCAGACACUCUUCAUAGUGUUCAGUAUCUAGGCCUAUCAACAACUCAUCCGUUGGUGGCCAAAAUGGCUAGAUCGGAUCCUAAACUCAAAUCAUUUCUCGAUUCUGCGACAUCUCUCCCACAAGAUACAAAAGCUGGUUAUCUGCUUCCUGGUGUUGUGGCUGUCAACCCACUUAGUUCAGUUGAAGCAAAUCCUUCCUUGCAAGCUUCGAUUCCGGUAUAUGUUGCUCCAUAUGUUUUAGGGGAGUACGGAGAAGGCGCUGUCAUGGGUGUUCCCGGGCACGAUUCUCGAGAUUUUGCCUUCUGGAACGAAAACUCGAAAUCCCAACGAGUGACAUUUGUGGUUAAACAAAUGCCUUCGCAGGAAGCUGAGCCGGGAGAUUUACCAGAGGCUCAACGGGUGCCAUUUCUUGGGCAUGGUAUUUUGGCUGAUACUUGUGGAUCUUACAGUGGAAUGUCCUCUGAAGAGGGCGGCAAAAAAAUCAUCGAAGAUUUAAAAAGCAAAGGCGAUUUUGCAAACGUUGCAGAAAGUUGGCGGCUCAGAGACUGGUUAGUCAGUCGGCAGCGAUACUGGGGAACACCCAUCCCUAUUAUCCACUGUGAUUCAUGUGGCCCAGUUCCUGUUCCCCAGGAUCAGCUCCCUGUCGAGCUUCCGGUCAUCGAAGGUGCUGGCCUUAGAGGUAGUCAAGGGAAUCCUCUUGAGUCCGCUGAAGAAUGGCUUCACGUCCCUUGCCCUAGCUGUGGAAAGGCUGCUAGAAGGGAUACUGACACAAUGGACACUUUCGUCGAUUCCUCAUGGUACUUCCUGAGAUUCCUUGACCCGACGAACAAAACAGCACCGUUUUCUCCAUCCCAUGUUCAUCCAGUCGAUAUUUAUAUCGGAGGUAUUGAGCAUGCAAUCCUUCAUCUACUAUACGCGCGGUUUGUAUAUAAAUUUUUAGCUACUUCCGCUUUAUUUCCCAAAGAGUUACCUGGGUCUACAGGAGUCGCGGAGCCUUUCGUUAAACUUCUGUCACAGGGAAUGGUUCAUGGUAGGACAUAUUCCGACCCAUCUACAGGCCGCUUUCUACGGCCGUUCGAAGUUGACAUAUCCAAUCCCGAUGCCCCCUUAAUUAAAAACACUCAGACUGCCCCAAAUAUAUCAUUUGAAAAAAUGUCGAAAAGUAAAUAUAACGGAGUGGACCCGACCACUUGCAUCAAUACCUAUGGUUCUGAUGCUGUCCGCGCACACAUGUUAUUUUCUGCCCCUGUUAGCGAAGUUCUUGAGUGGGAUGAAUCUAAAAUAGUCGGCAUGGAGCGGUGGUUCAACCGGCUAUGGCGCGUUGUAUUAGAUUCGCGUGUUUCAUUGGAAGGUUUUUCGUCCUUGAGCGCUGAAUCUUUCAAACUAAUGAACGACGUCAGACUGCCAGAUUUAAGUACGGUAUCUGAUGAUGAAGCCGCCAUCCUCCUUGCAGCGCACGAUACUAUUACAUCUGUUUCCCACUGUCUGGACGGGAUGCCUUACGGCCUAAACACCGUGAUAUCCGACCUGACCAAAUUCACAAAUUCGCUGGCAUCAUCAUCACUGCCAACAACGACUCCAUCUCCAAGUUCGCAAGCUAUUCUCUACAUUGCAUUAUCAUCUCUCCUCCGACUUCUAGCUCCUAUAACACCGGCACUAGCUUCGGAAUGCUGGGAGCAUCUCCAUAGCCCAAUCCGACAUUCCUCGACUACAUCUUCACCGCCCCGGACAGUACCAUCUAUUUUUUCUUCGCCUUGGCCCGAUCCACUCCUCUCAUCACGCGACGUUCAAGCACUCCGCGCUCGCGUCGGCAAAACUGUCGCGGUGCAAAUAAAUGGAAAACUUCGCUUCAGCACAACUAUACCGUCGCUACCGAGCGGUGAAUCUGUGUCGACAAAGACGUCAGAUGAUGAACAAUCCUGGAUUUUGUUGCAUCUCCUUGAAACUACCGAGGGCAAGCUAUGGCUGAAGGAGAGGAAUGAUUGGGAGAAGAGAAAGCGAGUUAUAGUCGCACGUGGCGGAAAAGUUGUCAAUGUGGUGUUUUGA